AUGCGGGACUAUCUCAAUAGCGGACACAUGGAGGUAAUUCGCAAUCCAUUCCCGUCGGAUGGCCACAUUUAUUAUCUACCGCACCACGGUGUGUAUAAACUCGAUAGCACUACCACUAAGUUGCGGGUAGUGUUCAACGCGUCCUCGCGAGGCCCGGACGGUCUGUCGAUCAACGACACCCUGCUCAGCGGUCCGAAGCUGCAGCAGGACCUGCUCGCCAUCCUGCUUCGGUUCCGCGCCGAAGCGAUCGCUCUAACCGCGGACGUGAAGCAGAUGUUUCGCCAGAUUUGGAUAAGCCCGGAGCAAUGCAACUACCAACGUAUCGUCUGGCGCUUCUCGGAGUCGGACCCCAUCCUCGACUAUCUCCUCAAAACAGUUACAUUCGGCUUUAGCGCCUCCCCGUUCUUGGCGAUCUAUUGUUUGCUCCAGUUAGCUCAUCAAUACCGCGAGAAAUAUCCUCUAGCGUUCGCAGCCCUACUCGAGGCGCUGUAUGUGGAUGACGUCGUGACAAGCGUUCGGACGGUGGAACAGGCUCGCGCACUCCGCGACCAAUUGCUAUCGCUUCUCCGAAGCGCCGGCUUCGAGCUUCGAAAGUGGUCGAGCAGCCAUCCUGCCGCGCUGGAGGGCCUCGACCCGCAGUUAUGUAGCCAAUCGAUGUUAGAUUUUGAGUCAAGCGAGGAUCAAUCUCAGAAGAUAUUGGGCCUUCGGUGGCACUCACGAUCUGACAGUUUCGGGUUUCAAGUCAACGCGUUGGAUCGUGAGUGCACCAAACGCACUAUACUGUCGGAAGUAGCGCGCAUAUUCGACCCCCUGGGUUUUCUGGCCCCACUCACCUUUACCGCGAAGUGCUUAAUUCAGCGUCUGUGGACCCUCAAGUUAGAUUGGGAUGAUGAGCCUCCGAUGGACAUUCGUCGCAGUUGGAGUCGUUUCCAGACGGAGCUCGGCGUGUUAUCUUCCCUUCGCGUUCCUCGCGCGUUUAACUCGUGCCAUGUAGAUCGCUGCGAACUCCACGGGUUCUGCAAUGCCAGCGAGCUGGGGUACGGAGCCGUGAUUUAUCUGCGAAUCGUUACGCGCGACGGCGUCGGGGUCCGAUUACUGUGCGCCAAGUCUAAGGUCGCCCCGCUUCGCCCCCUCACCAUUCCCCGUCUGGAGCUCUGCGCGGCUCUGCUCUUGUCUAAAUUAAUCGCGUACGUCCGGCGCACCCUCCGCGGACACCUUGACAUUGACGACGAGUAUGCUUGGACGGAUUCCGAGGUCGCCCGGGCCUGGAUCCGCUCAGCACCACAACGGUGGAAGACCUUCGUUAGAAAUCGCGUUGCCCUCAUUCAGGACAACGUGCCAGUAUCAGCUUGGGGUCACGUCGACACGGAGUCCAAUCCGGCGGAUCACUGCUCCCGCGGGCUUUAUCCUCGCGAUCUGGUGGCCAGUUCGAUGUG